AUGCCUCCUGUGAACGGCGCAAAUGGCACCACCCAUUCUUGGACAUCUUUGCCUCAGGCAAUGUCCAAUGCGGUAUCCUCUCUCAACAAGUCCUUGGACAAGGAUCCCCAAUGGCAAGCAUUCGUCGAUACCAAAGCCAUCUUUGAAUCUGUGACAAUGGGCGUGCAGAGUCUUGGGGGAGAAGAAGCUAUUCUCGUUACAGUGUCACCCGGCGCCAAAACCACGACUUCAACCGGGUCUCCUUCCAAAGCCGACUUUGUUCUUCGAGCACAGCCCGAACAGUGGGAGAAAUUCUUUGCCGCCGCUCCCGUCGCUCCCUAUACCAGCUUUGUUGGUUUACAGGGCAUGAACAUCGUACAAGAGGGAGUCGGUGUUGAAGGCAACCAGGUCAAGUUUGCCCAGUACUGCCACUUGGCCACCCGCCUCCUCGAACUCCUUCGAGAGGGCCAGAACGGGCCCCUGAAGGAAGACGAACAGCCCGAGACCGACGAAGACCAUCUGACAGGCAAAUACAUCUACAUCAACGCACCCGUCUGGGGCCGCACCAAGGUCUUCUAUGAGACUUCUGGCAACGGGCCCCAGCAGAUCGUGUUUCUGCAUACCGCAGGAAGUGACAGCCGGCAAUAUCACGGCGUGAUGAACGACGCCCGCAUGCGCGAGAAAUGCACCAUGAUUGCCUUCGACUUGCCCGCUCAUGGGAGGAGCUUCCCUGGUAGCAACCAUAUCCCGGGGAAUCAUACGAACAACGAGGAUGCGUAUGUUGGAACCAUCAGGGAAGUGGUCAAGGCCUUGAAACUCAACAAGCCCAUCGUUUGCGGAGCUAGCAUGGCCGGUCAAGUAUGUGUAGCUGUCGCAAUACGGGCAGAGGAAGUCGGUGCUGGAGGCACCAUUCCCCUUCAGGGCUGCGACUAUUUGACCAUGGACCGACAGUUUAAUGACAAGAGUCCCGUGUGUAAUCAAGCCUUGUUCAACCCAGACUGGAUCUACGGCAUGAUGGCGCCUCAGAGCCCCAAGGUCAACAAGUUGCUCAUCUGGCAUAUGUACUCCGGUCAAGCGUACGGGAUCUUCCACGGUGAUCUGGACUUCUACUUUGGCGGCUUCGACGCCCGCGACCGCGUCGCGUCCAUCGACGUCAAGAAGUGUCCCAUUUACUUCCUCACCGGCGAAUACGACUGGUCCACGACGCCCGAGAUGUCUCACGCGACGGCGAAGAAGAUCCACGGCGCCAACUUCAAGGCCAUGAAAGGCCUGGGACAUUUCCCGGCCACGGAGGAUCCCCAGAAAUUCGUCCCAUACUUGCUCGACGCGAUCGAAUGGAUCCAGAAGACCCGUCAAUCCUGAAACCCCCGCCUCGCCCGGCAUUCGGAAAUCAGUUGCGAAAUGUAAUGCAACUAUUAUCGGAAAUGGGAAGUUGGCAAAAAAGUACUUGGACUGUUGCUCGUUCGUCCUCAGCAACGUCGAUCGCACAUAAUCUGCCAGGGGGCGAGCUGUACAAAUCCCAGGAUGGAAAAGGAUGAGUGCGCGACGAAGUUGUGGUUAUUGUUUCUCUCUCUCUCUUUCUCGCGGACAACAAAAUUGCCAGACGAGACCGCUUCAUGUACUUGCACCACAAUCUGAAACCGGGGGGGAG